CCUGGACGGGGUGAACUCUAGGAAAAUGAUCAUUUCUUACAGAAUUACACUUUGAAUCUGUUUAUCUGUAGGGUUUGUGGGUUGAGUUGGGCAGAGUUUGUGUGCAGCAUCCUAAAACACAGUAUAUCCGAUAUGUCUGGGAGUUAAAUAAAACCAUUCCAAUGAUAAAAAGCAGAGACUGAGGCAUAGGCAAGGGAAAAGAGACCAUUUUGCUGAGAUUUAAAAUGGCACGUCAGUGAGAGGGAGAGAUGGUAGGCACUCUGAUACAUUGGUUAUAGGCUCCUUAGAACUACAACAGAGAGAAGCUUUCACUCCAAUAAUAGAAAGAAUGUUUAAGGGGGAUGAAGGGGGAGGUAUCAGCGUUCUGUUAGUGAAGUCAGGAGUAGGGCAAAUUUGAACUGGCUCUUAGAAUAACGGGGGAAUCAGCUAAUGGUGCUGAGGAUUGUGGGUGACAUGAGCUCACUUCUUUGUAUUUGAGGAGAAAGGGGCAGAAGCACUCUGCAUAUGCUGGAAUCUGAGCUACUGGGACUUCCAAAGGUCUUGGAAGAGGGAAUUGCUAUAGUUAGGCGAGAGGAGGAGAGGCCUGGAUCCAGUGUAGUUGAGACCAUUGUGAAUGAGGUAAUGUUAAGCCAGUGUGCAAGUGAAAGUGAUGUCAGGGCUGGAGGCUGUGAUGACAAGCCAGAGAGAUAUGAGAGGAUGGAGCUUGGCUUGGGGAGGCACCUGCCCAAGAGCAGCUUUUGGGGGUUUGGGACAUUUUAACUGAAAUGAGAUAAAGCCACAGAUCAGAGAGGCCUAAAGGGCAGUCUGGGAGGAUUUAUAGAUUGAUUGGGCCAUUGUGUUUGUUUAAUUUGAUUUUCUGUAUAAUCCUGCCUUUUCCUGCAUUAAACUCAUAACGGCUGGCUCAGCUAAGGUUUAUCUCUUAGAUUUAAAGACCGCAAAUAUAGUGCAUACACCACAUCCCUAGGUAAGUUCCAGUGAUUAAAUCUCCUUUGUGUUAAAAUGUGUGCCUCAUUUCCAGGCUGCUUCCAGCCAUUUUAUCUUGUGCUGUCUUUGUCUGCUAGAUUGAAGAGCCCUCUUCCCCAUGUAGGUACUGACAGAUUGAGCAAGUCACCUCUUAAUCUUCUGUGAUGAACUAAAUGGAUUGAUUUUCUUAGGUCAUACGCUGUAAGGUUUAAAGGCAGAUUUUCCGUUUCAUUCUUGUAGCUCUUUUCUGAACCAUUCAGAUUUUUUCAGGAUCCUUAAGUGUGGCCAGGAGAACAAGACAGUAUCCAGUAAUGAACUCGCUAGGAGUUGCUGGAGAUCCCUAAAUAUGCACCUGAGUAUUGUCAGGAUAAGGGGGUAGCUAAGGUAAAGGCUAAGAUCAGGUGCAUCGGGGAGAGGGUAGAUAAGAGAGCAGAGCGCCUUGUGGCUCUCUAGAGAAGGAUACAGUGACAGUGGUCUGCCUCAGGCUGAAAUGUUUGGAAAAUUUCAGCCAAAAUGAUUCAGCCCUUGAGCCCCUCCUAGGUCCUAGUGCCUUCUCGACAGAGCAAUUAAGUAUGUUCCCUCCUCUCAGCUCCUACUGGACUGCACGUGCACCAGCUCCACGAGUGACUGAGCAUGAUCCGGUAUAGGAGUUUCCUGUAAUGAUUCCUCCCAUCUGCUCCAGGCUGGGUGCUGGAACUGAGAGCAGAGAGCCUCUCUCCUGUGCCCUUAAUGAUCCACCUGCAGGUGUCUGAUCUGAAUGAUGAGGGGACAAAAGCCAGAUGAAAAAUAGAUUGGAACCAGGAGUCUGGGAAGGAUGCUUGUGCAAGGAGGCUGGGGAGCCAGUGUGGUAAAUGUGGGGGACAAGACAGAUCAGAUGAUUUGGCAAGGGGAUAGGGGAGAGGAAUUGUAGGCUGGAUACGCAGGCUGGAACUAGGAACCAGUGGAAAGGGAGAGGAGAAGAGAACUGACUAGCUGAGAUGCGAGAGAGCUGGGAUUGGCUGAGACUGGACCCAAGGCCGGGCAGGGCUUUGGGGAGAUGAUUGAGAUUGGAUUUGGAGGAAGUCUGUGAGUGGCAGGGAAAGAGAUGAGGUUCUCGGAGGGGUAUUGAGACUGGCUGAGAUAAGGAAAUGGAGUUGGAGGAGGGGGAGCUCUGAUUGGUUGGGCUUUGGGACUAGGACUGAAGAGGCACGGGGAAUGAGCUGGGGACACAGAGCCAGGGUUGUGGAAGAGACAAGCUUAGGGAGAAUGGGCUGAAGAGUCUGUGCACUACAGCAUACUCCUCUAUGGACUGUGGCAUGGACCCAAGAUCCUAGAGUCUCACCACUCCUCUGCUCUCUGCAAAUAUCUGUGAAACCCACUGGCAAAGUGUGAUGCCCUUUCUAGUGCCGGGCCAUGUGGAAAAUGACAACCCACUACUGCUAUCAGUGACUCCGUUAGUUUAAGUGACUGAGGUCUAUGGUGGAUGUACAGGUUCUAGACCUACUGGUGAACCAUGCCAAUGUCACUAUGAUGCCACAUGAUGGAAUUUCGAGGGGGGACUGUUCCUGUUUGCUCUUUUAAAUACCUAGGAAAUCCCCCACACACACUACAUUAAAAGAACAUUAAGCUCGCAAAGUCAAGCACUCAAAACCGAGUACCUACCAGAAUAAGGUUGCCCGUGGAACCUUAACUCUGCUCUCUUGGGCAUAUGCAUUUUGAUAAGUCUUCAAUUACAUGAUCACAUACUAUUUUUUUUCUGCAGGACCCUGCAUCAUUCAGUGUGCAGAAUGGACCUGCUCUGGGGAUAAAUCCCACAGGUGUAGUGAAGGAGGCUGAUGUGUCUGCCUCAUCUGUUGCAGAAGUUGGAAGGUGUGCAGUGAAUGAAGCAGGGAAUUUCAGGAAAAGAAAGGAUGGUCUCAGGACCAUUUUGAUCAUCUAAGCUGACCGCAGGCCACACAGUAUCUCUCCCACCGACUCCUGUAAUAGAUGCCUAACCUCUCGGUGAGUUGCUGAAGUCCUCAAAUCAUGAUUUAAAGUUACAGAGGAUCCACCAUUUUUCACUCGUUUAAACCUGCAAGUGACCCGUGCUCCACAGUUCAGAGGAAGGUGAAAAAUCUCAUUUCUCUGCCAUUCAGACCUGGAGGAAAAUUCCUUCCUGACUCCAGAUAUGGUGAUCAGUUAGACCUUGAGCAUGUGGGCAAGACCCACCUGCCAGACGUGUGGAAAGAAUUAUCUAGUAACUCUCAGCCCUCUUCAAGGAGUGCCCCAUCUCUGGCUGUUGGGGAUAUUGGCUGCUCUCACAGGUGAGGCAUGUGCCAGUGUAGGCAGUGCCAUCAUACCAUCUGUGCCAUAGUCGAGCUCAGGCUUGAUGCCAGUUACAUUUUUUGCCCCCUCUGCUCCCCUUGGGAGGCUGUUCCAGACAUUCACUCCUCUGAUGGUUAGAAAGCUUUGUCUAAUUUCAAGCCUAAACUUGUUGAUGGCCAGUUUGUAUCUCUAUGUUCUUGUGCCAAUAGUAGUCCGUUAUUUAGGUAAACCUGUUGUCUGUGUCUCUGAUGUAUUUAUAGGGAACAAUCAUCUCUCCCCUCAGCAUUUGUUUGGUUAGGUUAAACAAGCCAGGCUGCUUGGGUCACUUCUCCUAAGGUAGGUUUUCCAUUUCGUGGGUCAUCCCAGUAGCUCUUCUCUGCACCUGUUCCAGUUUGAAUUCAUCCUUCUUAAACAUGGGAAAACAGAACUGCACACAGUAUUCCAGAUGAAGUUUCACUAGUGCUUUGUAUAAUGGCAGUACCUCUCCUGUUUCCUCCUAGGAUUGCAUUAGCCUUUUUCCACAGCCACAUCACAUUGGUGGCUCAUAGUCAUCCUGUGAUCCACCAGUACAGCCAGGUCUUUCUCUUCCUCUGCCACUUCCAAGUGAUAUGUCCCCAGUUUCUAGCAUAAAUUUUUGUUGUUAGUCCCUAACUGCAUGAUCUUGCACUUUGCACUAUUAAAUUUCAUCCCAUUUCUAUUACACUAGUUUACAAGGUCUUCCAGAUCCUCUUGCAUAAUAUUCUGGUUGUCCUCUGUGUUGUCAAUGUCUCCCAACUUUGUGUCAUCCACAGAUUUCAGUAGCAUGCUCCCACUUUUUGUGCUGAGGCCAUGAAUGAAAAUGUUAAAUAAGAUUUUGUCCCAAGACCAAUCCCCGAGGAACUCCCACUAGUAACCUCCCUCCAGCCUGACCAUUCACCUUUCAGUAUGACCCAUGGUAGUCUCCCCUUUAACUCAUGGUUAAGGGAGUUGAAUACUGCCCUUGAGAAUUGGAUUCUGUGCCUGCCUAUGCCACAAAGUACUUCACUGUUACACUGAGCAAGUCAUUGAAACCACACUUUUCACAUGUGGUCAUUAACUGUAUUCCUCAUUUUUUAGGUGUCUGGUGUGAGACAGUUGAGUCUGAAUUGUAGGAGUGCAGUGCUCAGAGCUGAACUGAGGUCACAGGGAGCUGUCCUUUGAACAUAAACAAUGCUAUAUAAUGCUAAGAACUCUGAAAAACCAGAUACCAGUGUCUCAGAUUGGGCACCCCAAAUUAGUGGGAAGUUUUGACCUUAGCCUCCCUGUGCCUCAGUUCCCUAGCUAGGAAAUGAGGAUAAUUAUGCACUCAUCUACUCCUCCUCUGCUUAGGUGUUCAGUUUCUACUCUUUCCCUCCUGUCCUCAGCGUAGGCAUGUGCAGCACACUUCAUUCGGGUGUGCACCCAGGGAAUUUACUUUGUAGAGAUGCUGAUGCCACAGGAAUAGAUAUUUACACAGGCUGGGCUCUAGGACCUUCUCUCCAGGAGCUCCCAGCGGCUUCAGGAAGAGAGACCAUGACCCACCACCAGGAUGGCAAGCUGGAGAGGUGCCAGCCACUGGCAUUCCCAGCGCACGAGCUGGAGUGCAAGAUCUGCUACAAUCGCUAUGAUGCAGGAGCCCGCAAGCCCAAGCUGCUCAGCUGCUGCCACCGGGUCUGUGUGAAGUGCCUGCGCAAGAUGGUGGCCAUGGGGGAGUCCUCGCCCCGCCUGCUCAGCUGCCCUUUCUGCCGGCAGGAGACCCAGGUCCCCAAGGAGGAUGUGCAGCUGCUCCAGGAUGACAGCAAGGUGCUGGCAGUGCUGACAUACCACAAGCAGGCAAAGAAGCGAGGCACUCUGCCCUCUUCUGAGGUCAUCCUGUGCCCCAGCAUCCUGGAGCCCUCCCGGAGCUCCUCUGACUGCCUGGUCAUCACCAUCCUUGAGGUGCCAGAGAACGUGGUGCCCCCCGAAGGCCUGGGUAUGCUGGACAUGAUAGGCCUGUACCGCCCCGUCAGCCUGGACUCGCUGCCCUGCCGCAGCCCCAUCCAGAAAUGCCGCUCUUGCUCCUGGCAUGCCAUACCCCACUUCAUCCUCUGGAUGCUAUGCCUCAUCUACUUCAGCUCCCUGCCCUUCGGCAUCUACCUCCUGCUCAUUGAGUGCCACAACCUGGGCAUCGUGCUGGUCAGCCUGGUGCCCUCCACCCUCAUUCUCUGUGUCCUCUACAGCUUCUGCCAGUGUCUGUGCCGUGAGAUCGUCGAGUUCCCCUCCACCUGAGCCUGUUGCUCCCCUGUGUCCUGAAGGCACCAGGCACUGGCCCUGCACAGCCUGGACCUCCCUGAGGCUGUGCCCUCUGCCUGGGGCCGGCCGAGAGCAUCCUCACUCAGGGCUUGCCAGCCCCCACAGUAUUGCAGGGAGACGGGGAGAUGUCAGUGUGGGAGGGUCCAGGUGCAGGUGAGCGACUGGCUGAACAGGCCCACGAAGUGAGUACCGAGUACCUGUCAUCUUCCC